AUGCGGAACCUUAGUUCGGAGUCUUUAGUUCCCACGGGGGACGGGUUUGACGGGGGUACACUUCCGGCGCCGGCUUCCGGAGUUUUGAAAAUGGCGGCAAAAGAUGACAGUCCGAAGCGGAGAAGUUUACGGUUGCAGAGAAGGAGCAAAGACAAUGUAACGCCUGAUUCUCUGGGGGCCAAUGGGCCCCUGAGCGGCCGCCGGACCUCGGGUCCCAGAACUCGGCUGUCUGCGGGGAAACGGAGCGAUUCAGGGUCGGGAGGGGGCAGCUCUGUGGAGAGACCCCAGAGGAGGUCCAGGGGGCAGAGAGAAGAAGAGCCUAAGGGUGGCGCUAUACCUGGUCAGGGAGGACCGUCAGGAGUCACUACUAGGGACCAGGCACCAGACUUCGGGGCCCCUGAUGAGAAAUUACAAGGAAGAGCCAUAAAGACAAGAGGAAGCCAAGAUGGUCUCCAGGAUGAUGGGAGGCUGAGCCGCCUGGAGCCCAAGGUGGACAUCGGAUCAUCACCUUCCAGGGUUAACCAAGAAGGAAAUCAUGUGUCAGAAGCCAAGUCCUCCCAGGGAAGCAAAGAAAGAAGUCAAGAAAAUGUUGGACAGAUUGAAGAUAUCGCUCAUGAAGUAAGAACAUCCUCCAGCACGAGCAGGACGACCGAUGGGGAGAAAGCAGGGCCCUCUGUGGAGAGGAUGAGAACUGAUGUGGAAGAGGCCGGGCCCUCGGGUGUCAACAAUGUACAGAGCAGUGAGAUUACUGGCCCCUCCAGAAAUAGUGAUUUAAGGAACAAUGAGAACCCGAGCACCUUAAUAUUAAGUCCUUCAAGACGCCUUGUGUGUGAAAACAAGAGCCCUGUGAGAAACACAGAUCAGGGGACUUCAGACCCUGCUUCUGCCCCGGCCGCCCUGAGAGACAGCAAGGUGCAGUGCACCUCAAAGCAGUUGUUACAGGAGGUUCUGGAAAUGUGCGCAGAAUUUAGCAAAGAAAUUUUGGAAAGUCAGAAUUACCUAAAUAAGGAGCAGAGGCAACAGGAGCAAAAGAACUUUAUGAUGAACUUUGAAACUUCUUUUCAAGAUAACGUAAGCAUUAAUGGGCAGUCAUGGCAUGAAGCCCCGGACACACCAUCUGAACCUGAUAUUAAAAUUCUCGAAGACCAACUAGAUGACGCCAUUGUAGACGUUGCAAUGAAAAGAAAACGUCACCCUAGAAAAAUCUUGUCUCACGUCGUACAAGCGCUAAAACUUGAACGGGAAAUAUUGCAUCACUACAAACCGGUGGUGGAACCAAAGGAGUUUAAGCUAGAUUCAAGAUCUGAAUCCCGCAUGAGGGAACAAACUGCUACCACAGCCGCCAUCUCUCAACAGAUUAAAGAAACUAUGAAGGCUCUCCCGGCUCAGUUGGAAAAGGCUGAAGGCUUCUCCCAGGCGCUCAAUCUUCAGCCGGUGUUACAGGGAUCUCACGUAAGACACAAAAUCUUUUCAAGUCACGUGGUAUUACAGGACGUGGCAAAGACUGUACCUAAAGAGAUAGAAACAACCCCCAGAGAAAACGCAGCGGCAGCCAACGCGGCAGCGGUGCGGGGCAGGAGAAAACGGCAGAGUCCUCCCGUCCAACAUCAUUUAUAUCCUCGCAGAUCGAAAAGGAAGAUCAGUCUGGAAGGAUGAGAACCAUUUUGUGGUUUGUGCUGCUUUUUUUUUAAUCUCGAGGGGGCAAGAAAAAAAACAAAACAUUUCUGACCAUCCAAUUUAUGUAUUUGCGAACUGUAAAUUAUUAAUUAUUUUUUUUUAUUGUGGUCACAAAACGAUCUUUGGAAGUCUGUGAGCUGCCGGCGCCAAAUCGCAUAGAUCUCAUGAUAUCUAGUGUGAACGUUCAUCGUAGCCGGGAGUAGAAUUUCUACCCUUUUUAAUGUGCAAUAUUUCUAUUGACAGUGACUGAUAAGCAAUUCACUAGCAAUGGCGACCUAUUGGGGGACUACAAAUGCCAGCUUACCACUAGUAAGUCCGCUUUUAACUGCAGGGUGUUUUGUCUCUAUUUUGAGGUAUAUUCUUGCUGGUGUGACUGCACUGAACACAAUUUAAAACAGUGUUUUCAUACUAAUGUGCCUCCAGCUGUUGCAAAACUACAACUCCCAGCACGCCCGGACAGCUCCAGCUGUUGCAAAACUACAACUCCCAGCACGCCCGGACAGCCGUUGGCUGUCCGGUCGUGCUGGGGGUUGUAGUUUUGCAACAGCUGUAGGCACACUGGUUGGAAAACAUUUAAAGGGACAGUCAGAUGUGGUGUUUUUAAAAGAGAUAUACAACAUGAAAGGGGUGCCCUCUAUAGCUUGUACCUGGUAUUGCAGCUCGAACUAAUGGAGCUAAAUUGUGAUACCAUACACAGCCCAAGGAAAAUAGUUUAAGGGGUACUCAGGUGAAAAGCAUCUUAUCCCUUAUCCGAAGCAUAGGGGAUAAGAUGUCUAAUUGCGUGGGACCCCCGCGAUCUCCGGCACCACGCCCCCUCCAUUCAUGCCUAUAGGAGGAGGUGUGAUGGCUACGUACUAGCCGUCACGCCUCCUCCCAUACACAUGACUGGAGGGGGCAUGGCAUGACAUCCCAAACACGCAAGCUCCAAGUUUUUGUGCUCCGGAUGCCGUCGCUGCCGGCCCGGAGAUUGCGGGGGUCCACCGUGGUGGGACCCCCGCGAUCAGACAUCUAAUCCCCUAUCCAGUCCUACCCCAUGCACUGUGCAAUCUCACCAUUUUACUGUGUUGUUCUCUGCACACGUUUUAAAGACUAUUGUAGUCCCAGAGGUCAAUCCUGGACGAUCACAAAGUUUAAAGGGUUACUCCGCUACCCCGUGUCCGGAACAUUGAGUUCCGAACCCUGUGUGCGGGCUUCUGUGUUCACGCCCACCCCCUCGUGAUGUCACGGCCUGCCCCCUCAAUUAAAGUCUAUGGGAAGGGGGCGCGACAGCUGUCACAAAGGGGCAGACGUGAACACAUAAGCCCGCACACAGCAUUCAAUGUUCCGGACGCUGGGUAGCGGAGUAACCCUUUCAGCAUAGCCUAUUGAUAUGUCUUGGCUUCAGAUCAUUGGAAUGAAUUAUACCUUUAGGUUUUAGUAUUCAUCCUGCUCUGUAUUCAGGUGACUUCAAUAACACAAAAAAAUUAAAUCCAAUCCUUCACAUUGUACAUGUCGGCCUCGCACCUCACCACAUCACAAUCCCUUAUGGGCAAUUUAGUAUAACUACAUUCUAGCAACUUGUCAAUGGCUUCCAUCUUGUAUAGUUCUUAUAGGGCUUGUAUAUUUGUAAAUACUCAUAUUGUGGUUUUAAUGGCCAUUUUGUAACAUUGCAUUUCUUAUCUGUCCUGGUGUAUUAAAGAUGGGACUAAAAUUUUGUGUUUUUAAGUUACUUUUUUCUUUUCUCCCAUCCUCAGUUGUCUUAAAAAGUAGCUUUCACCAUCCUUUUUCCCCCCCCCCGCCUAUUGCCCAUCU